AGGACAGAAGAGAUAAGUUACAGCUGGUGGAGGAACUUCAGGAGGAGAAUACAACUUUCAUUGUUGUCUGUUUGAGGAGAAGUUGGAAACUUUUCUCCGGUGCUUCGGCCUGGUUUAACUUCAUCUGGAGAACAGAGGUUAAUCAGAGCUGAAAAUGUCGAUUUUGGGGCUUAAAAAGAAACAGCCGAAGACUUUUAAAGUCAAAGUCAUCACCAUGGAUGCUGAAAUGGAGUUCAGCUGUGAGGUGAAAUGGAAAGGAAAGGACUUGUUUGAUUUGGUGUGCCGGACUAUUGGCCUAAGGGAAACUUGGUUCUUUGGCCUCAGAUACACAGUGAAAGACACUCAUGCUUGGCUUAAGCAUGAGAAACGGGUUUUGGAUCAAGAAGUUCCGAAGGACUCUCCUAUAACAUUUCAUUUUCUUGCCAAAUUCUUCCCAGAAAAAGUGGAGGAGGAGCUGGUUCAGGAAAUUACUCAGCACCUUUUCUUCUUACAAGUAAAGAAACAGAUACUAGAUGAAGAGAUAUUUUGUUCUCCUGAAGCCUCAGUACUUCUGGCAUCAUAUGCUGUGCAAGCCAAGUAUGGGGACUAUGACCCAAAUUUCCACAAGCCAGGCUUCUUGGCUCAAGAUGAACUCUUACCUAAAAGAGUGCUGAUGCAGUACCAGAUGACACCAGAGAUGUGGGAGGAGAAGAUCACUGCUUGGUAUGCUGAACACAGAAACAUAGCAAGAGAUGAAGCUGAGAUGGAGUAUCUGAAAAUAGCGCAGGAUCUUGACAUGUAUGGGGUUAGCUACUUCUCCAUCACGCAAAAUAAGAGAGACAAGGAGCUCCUGCUGGGAGUCGAUGCACAGGGGCUUCAUAUCUACAGCCCCAGUAGCAAGCUAAACCCCAACAAGUCCUUCCCCUGGAGCGGCAUCCGUAAUAUCUCCUACAGUGAGAAAGAGUUUACUAUCAAGCCAUUGGACAAAAAGAAGGACGUAUUCAAAUUCUAUUCCUCACAACUCAGAGUAAAUAAGCUGAUCUUACAGCUGUGUAUUGGAAACCAUGACCUUUUCAUGAGGCGGAGGAAAGUAGACUCUAUCGAGGUGCAGCAGAUGAAGGCUCAAGCCAAAGAGGAAAAGGCCAGGAAAAAGAUGGAACGUCAGAUUCUGUCACGGGAGAAGCAGAUGAGGGAGGAGGCUGAGAGAGCAAAAGAAGAGAUGGAGCGGCGGAUGUUUCAGCUGCAGGAUGAGGCCCGCAUGGCUAAUGAAGCACUGCUGCGAUCUGAGGAGACUGCUGACUUGCUGGCUGAGAAAGCCCAGAUUGCAGAGGAGGAAGCCAAGCUGCUGGCUCACAAAGCAGCCGAAGCUGAGCAGGAGAGGCAGAGGCUGGAGGUUACAGCCCUCAAGACCAAAGAGGAGCACAGGCUGAUGGAGCAGAAAAUGAGGGAGGCAGAGCAGCUUGCUGUCAAGCUGGUGGAGCAGUCUGAGCGAAGGUCAAAAGAGGCAGACCACCUAAAACAGGACCUGAAUGAGGCCAAAGAUGCAGAACGCAGAGCCAAACAGAAGCUCAUUGAGAUCACCAAAACAACGUACCCAUUAAUAGCUGCAUACUCCAACCCCCCUCCACCACCUGGUCCUGAAAAUGUGGAUGUGCAGAUGGAGAUGCCCGCACCACAUCGACUGGACUUUAAAGAUCCUGACAUGAAGAGACUGUCCAUGGAGAUAGAACGUGAACGGCUGGAGUACAUGGAGAAGAGCAAGCACCUGCAGGAUCAGCUGAAGGAGCUGAAGUCUGAGAUUGAGUCUCUGAAGCUGGAGGAGCAGCAGCAGAUAGGCCCCUACAACAUGAGGGGAUACGCAGAGCCCCCCUAUGUAGCCCCCCAUAGCAACCGGAACUCUGCCUACAUGGCUCAGAUGGCCUUCUUUGAGGAGGUGUGAAAAGACAGAACAACUACUGUUGGAGGAGCAGGAGGGAGCGGGAAUCAUCACUACAGUGUGAAGCCAUAAUCGGGGCACGUAACUCAGCAAUAUUAAGCACACCCCCUUGCACGAAAGGCUUUGCAAACAAGUGCUAUUAACAAUAUGUUGCUGGCAGGUUUAACAAUAGGAGCGAAUGGAAAGAAAAUGCACAGAUGAAGACAGGUUUUACUGUAGCCUUCAGUGGCUUGUGCCUUUAAACAGUAAUCUCAUUUUUUGCUUUGCCAAAUGUGUUAUUUCUGUAAUGCUGUUUAGAUUUGUUGAGAAAAGGGAUGGUUUAAAAUAUGUGAGGGCAGUCGAAGAAACUGCUUCUUCUAUAUUAGACUCAAUGCUCCUUAUAUAAAUUCUCAUUUCAGGACUGUUACUAGGAUCAUAAUCAACACUGGAUGCAUUUCAAGUCAUUAUCACAGCAUGCAUGUUUUUUUGUUUAUUAGAUGUGUUCAUUUCUUGGAAUAUUUCACCCAAAAAAGUCCUCACAUUCUUGAUUGGGGCUUCUUUCUUCUUUAUGGUUCAUGCUUAAGUAAGGAUGAUGUUUGUGUCAUUUUAAAACUAGCUUGUGUUUGGGACAAACUAGUGACAGUAACUUUCGUUUGUGAAAAUACUUAAAAUGCUUACUGUGUUCCUGGUGUCCUAAUGCAGUACUAUUUUGGCAGCUCAUAUCCUUCUUUACUUUUCAGAUACCUCACUCAGAGGGCACAUAAAGCACUGCUCUCAGAAAAGAAAACAGAUCCCAAUACACUAAGCAAUCUUAUUUCACACUUAUAAACGUUAUGUUUCAAACAUUCAAACACCCCUGAGUGCUUCUUUAUGGUUUAUUUUUACAUUUUGCUGUUGCGGUAAUACUGCUCUGACAUAACCGAGCCGUCUGACCCAGUUAUGAGUUUGUGUUUAUAGACAGACUCUCUUUGAUACUCUGCCUGCCAACUGUGUUUUAUAUUUCAGCAUUCUGCUUGGUGUAUCAAACAAAAAAAAAGAAGAUAUUUUAUGGUGCACAGUACAGUACAACGAGAGAACUUUAUGUAACAUUUCAGGCCCUGUCAUUUUACCCUGUAACCAUACCGUACCUUAGCAUGCCAAUUGUGAACUUGAGUUUCAGAAGAUGUUAGACAUAAACUGUACUAUUUCAUGAACUAAGAUUAAUUCAGGUACAUUUAAAUAUAAAAAAGGCAGUAAUUUUGUUUUACUGUGUAAAAGGGAUGGAUAGAAGCUCGAUAAGUAUCCUGGUGAGUGUUUUUAAGAGUGCAUAAAAAUAAUCCUAUAUGAAUCUAAAAUCAAUUUUACUACAGAUUAGAAGAAGAAAACAUCAAUUAAUGUAUUCAUUUGUAUGGAUACAAUAUGUUUGGAUUGCUACACCGUUAAAAUGAACUUUUAACAGGUUGGGUAGUACUGAUUUAAUUUAAUUUAAUUUAUUUAGAAUAGGUAUUAUUGUUAUAGAAGCCCAACCUGUAGAUCUUAUGUCUUUAAAAAGUCGGCACAAAAACAGGAAAUUACAGGAAUAAGUUAUUAUUAUCAAAACCUUAUUCAGUAAUUGAUGUUUUUGGACAUUUUUAGAGAGUCACUAGCCACCCUCUUCUUAAAUCCUAUUUAACCUUAUUUCCAUCAGUUAUUUUCAAUAAAGUAAUCAAAAUAAAAGCAUCCUGUUACCAGCACAGGCCUAGAUACAAAUUACCAUGUUUACUUCAAUGCAGUUUUCAGUACUUUUUUACAACUUAUUACAGUUUGGACACAGUUUUUGUAAUAAUCAAAUGUACCAUUCUAUUUACUGUUUAAGCGGUUGGCUAAAUACUCUGCUAAAACCCGUCACAUAACAAAUCUUUCAUCUGCCAGUACAACAUGUCUAUUUUGUUAUAAUAAACGACUCGCUGAAGGUAUGCAUUUGAACACUGCGAUAUAUGCGAGGUACUUACAUUUCAGAAUGUUAGAAACAUUAAACAUGUCAUAUUGGUUUGCUGUUUACCUUGGUAGUAUGGAGUUGUUUUGAUGCAAUGGCAGAAUAUUCCUGGGUGUGUAAAUGUGGUUAUUGAUCAAAUGGACAUGACGUGUUUGGUCUUUAGUAACAGAUAAACUGUUGUCUAUUUCUGAAGUCAAGAAUUGGUUUUGAACUUUGGACAGUUCUUCAUUGUUGACACUGUCCAUGUUGUCAGAAUGAUCAAGUAUUAGUUAGUGGUAGUGAGAAACAUUCCUGUAUUAGUUGUAUAUUCCUCUGUUCACACUAUGCACACUAGCUGUAGACGUCUUAAAAGCAUUUUGCGGCAGAAGGCGACUUAUUCAUGUUUUAAUGAAACCUGCCAAACUCUGACCUUGUACCAAAUGCUAACUGCCCUCAUGCAUAUUGUCAAGCUUCUUUGUUUGCUUCUUUGUUGCUCACUAAGUGCCUUGUUUUUGGGGAAAUAUGAACAUCUUUAACCUUGUGAACACUAAGCAUGUUAGUAGAGAUUGAGUGACACUCCAUGCAAGACUUUAUAUAUUAGAAGUGAGUUACAGUAUUACGAGUUUUGUUUUGAAUCUGUGCCAGUUACACCUGCUGACACAGAGACCUCUUAUUAAUUGUGAAAUCUACACUAUUUUGCAAAUAAAAUGCAAAUAUGCCUUUUUACAA